AUGUUACACGAGAUCAAUUCAGUAGAUCCCAAACUGCGGAUACAAGUGGGAAGCUUCCGGAUCGAUCCGCAAGGAAACCAGAAACUCAAUGAUAUUCCACUGGCAAGGUCUGAAGUUCAUCUCUAUGAAAAGUUGGAGGGAAUUUGUACCAACCUUCAAAAUUAUGCCCUGUCUACCACUGCUGAGGGGGGUUCAGUCUACUUGAGGAAGGUCUCAAGCAGUGGGCAAGUUGCAACUGGAGUCAAUCUUCAAAGUUUUGGUGAUAUGGGCAGAUUCGAACACACUUGCCACAAUCUAGUUGAGGACCACGAAGAGGAUAUCAUCCCAGCCCUACAAUCUCUAACCAAUGAAGACUAUCAUGAAAUCAUUUGCAUCGAUCUUGCGAGCGUGUGUACAGCUAAGAAUAUAACAGAAUUUGAGGACUUGAAAAGAAAGUUAACGUACACAUCUGAAGCAGAAGGUAACAAGGCUGCUUCUGAUGCUGACAACUUAAAAAAUAUCCACCUGAAUGACGAAGAUGAUGAUGAAAAUGAUGAUCAGGAUGAUGAUGAUGGCAAAAGUAGUGAUGACGAUCACAGGAAUGAACUCUAG